AUGGCUCUCCACAAUUCGUCUUCUUCUUCGUCUUCAGAUUCAAAUACGGAGCAAAGGUCAAGAUUGUAUGAUAAAAUGGAAAGGGAUUUGGAUGAGCGUGGAGCAGCUUUCCUCAAACAUGGUGAAACAUCUCAAUCACUGUCGCUUUCAGAUAUUUUCACCCUCAAAGAUGGAUCUGUAACACCUGUGCUUAAGGUUGCAAACCCUCCUGUCCGGGCUAAUGUUUUGUAUCUUAGCCCAGAAUACUCGCUGCCCAUCUCGGACAAUGUAAAGAAUACAUUUAAUUCAUACUUCGAUAAAGCAAUUUGGUUUCAGAACUCUAGUGUAUACCAUUUUAGCAUGUUUCAUGCCUCGCAUCAUAUUGAACCUGUUCCAGCCACUGAAAAUGAGAUUGAAGCUGAAGCAAAUGCCGUCAAAGCUGUUGCAGACUCUCUCUGCCCCUUAAAAAUUGUCUUGGAUAGAGUGGUUUUGACUUCAACUGGUGUUCUUCUGGGAUGCUGGCAGGUGAUCUCUGGAACAGAUCCCUUAACCAUUCGGGCUAAACUGAAAGCUGCACUUCCACAUGCGCCAAAGAAGCAACUCUAUGAUGCUGCUAUUCUACACACAUCAUUUGCAAGGAUUUUGGGUCACCCUAAAGCUUCUCCCAUGAAGCCUUCAGAUGAACUCCGAUUUUUAUAUGAGCUUGUUGCAAGACUAAAUGAUAAAAUCCGUGGAUUUGAGGCAGUUGUUUCUGAACUGUGGUAUGUGGAGGAAUAUGAUGUGUUGGCGCUUGCAUUGGAUGGAAGAAUGAAGGUCCGCAGUUUCAAACUCGGUUGCAGGAGAACCUAA